AUGUGGAGCCAGAAAGCUGAUUCCGGCUGCCAGAGAAAAGGUCAGGGUUGUAUUUCCUUUCCUUCCUUCCUGAUGGAUGGUCCGUUUUUUGAAAUGUGGACUCCCCAAGGCCGGUGGGGCUGGUGCCAUUCCAGAAAUGUGUCACGCUGUGGGCGGGACAGUGGGAAGGGACCUGAGGGUAGGUGUCAAGGCAGGCCCCCCAAAUAGCCGGAGCAGCAGGAUGGACGACAGGGGCUCCCCGGCUCUAAGCGUGUCGGUCUGGCCAUGCUGCUCCUCGGGCUGCUGCUGCUGCCCCUGCUGGCCGGCGCCUGCCUGCUGUGGGGCCAGUGGAAGCGCAGGGGCCUCCACCUCCCGCCUCGUGCCCCGGGCUUCCUGCACCUGCUGCGGCCCAACCUCCCUGUCUACCUGCUGGGCCUGACCCAGAAGUUCGGGCCUGUCUAUAGGCUGCGCCUCGGGCUGCAAGAAGUGGUCGUGCUGAACUCCAAGAGGACCAUUGAGGAAGCCAUGGUCAGAAAGUGGGUGGACUUUGCUGGCAGACCCCAGCUGCUGUCCUACAAGCUGGCAUCUCAGGGCUACCCGGACCUGUCCCUAGGGGACUACUCCCUGCUCUGGAAGGCCCACAAGAAACUCACCCGCUCGGCCCUGUUGCUGGGCAUUCGCAACUCCAUGGAGCCCGUGGUGGAGCGGCUGACCCAGGAGUUCUUCGAGCGCCUGAGAGCCCAGGCCGGCACCCCUGUGGCCAUCCAGAAGGAAUUCUCUUUCCUCACCUGCAGCAUCAUCUGUUACCUCAUCUUCGGAGACAAGAUCAAGGAGGACAACUUGUUACAUACCUUUCACGACUGUGUUCAGGAGGUGAUGACGAUCUGGGACCACUGGGCCACCCAAAUUGUGGACGUAGUUCCCUUUCUCAGGUUCUUCCCUAAUCCAAGUCUUCGGAGGCUGAAGCAGGCCAUGGAGAGGAGGGACCACUUCGUAGAGAAGCAGCUGAGGUGGCACAAGGAGAGCCUGGUGGCAGGCCAGUGGAGGGACAUGACAGACUACAUGCUCCAAGAGGUGGCAUUGCCCAGAGUGGAAGAGAGCCCUGGACAGCUCCUUGAAGGGCACGUGCACAUGUCUGUGGUGGACCUUCUCAUAGGUGGCACUGAGACCACGGCGACCACCCUCUCCUGGGCCGUGGCUUUCUUGCUUCACCACCCUGAGAUUCAGCGGCGACUGCAGGAGGAGCUAGACCUCGUACUGGGCCCCAGUGCCUCUGGCUCCUGGGUCUCCUACAAGGACCGUGAGCGGCUGCCCUUGCUCAACGCCACCAUUGCCGAGGUGCUGCGCCUGCGGCCAGUUGUGCCCUUGGCCUUGCCCCACCGCACCACGCAGCCCAGCAGCAUCUUCGGCUAUGACAUCCCUGAGGGCACGGUUGUCAUCCCCAACCUCCAAGGCGCCCACCUCGACGACACAGUCUGGGAGCGGGCACAGGAGUUCUGGCCGGACCGCUUCCUGCAGCCGGGCAAGAGCCCCAGAACGCUGGUAUUCGGGUGCGGGGCCCGCGUGUGCCUGGGCGAGCCGCUGGCACGCCUGGAGCUCUUUGUGGUGCUGGCGCGACUGCUGCAGGCCUUCACGCUGCUGCCGCCUGCGGGCGCCCUGCCCUCCCUGCAGCCCCGGCCCUACUUCAGCGUCAACCUCGAGAUUCAGCCUUUCCAGGUGCAGCUGCAGCCCCGGGAGAUGGGCGGCCCCAACUUGGCCAAGCGCCAGUGACGGGGCAGGACCAGUGCCAGCCACGUGCCUC